GUGAAGCUCCUCUCUCAGACGGUCAUGACUCCUCUUCCUCAGCUGGAGAACCAGUCCUCUUCCUCCCUCGAUGAUGAAGCUCCAGAUAAAUCCUCUGUCCUCCCUUCUUACUCCACGGUGGAUCUGGUGUCUGAGGACAGAGAGGAGGAUCCCUGGGACCUCCCGGAACUCAAGGUCACCGGGGUCAGCUGGUCAGAUCUGGACUCUAAGGGGAAGACCCUGCGGGUGCUGACAGGCGUGCUGAAGGCUGUGAUGCUGCUGGGCUUCCUCUACAUCUUCAUCUGCUCUCUGGACGUGCUCAGCUCCGCCUUCCAGCUGGUGGGGGGUAAGGCAGCAGGUGAUAUCUUCCAGGACAACGUGAUCCUGUCUAACCCCGUGGCGGGGCUGGUGAUCGGGGUGAUGGUCACCGUGUUGGUGCAGAGCUCCAGCACCUCGUCCUCCAUCGUAGUCAGCAUGGUGUCCUCUGGACUGCUGGACGUGCAGUCUGCGGUCCCCAUCAUCAUGGGAGCCAACAUCGGGACGUCGGUCACCAACACCAUUGUGGCCAUGAUGCAGGCCGGAGACCGCAACGAGUUCCGCAGGGCGUUUGCUGGAGCUACGGUGCACGACUUCUUCAACUGGCUCUCUGUUCUGGUCCUCUUGCCGCUGGAAGUUGCCACCGGCGUUCUGUACAAACUCACCAAGAUCAUCAUCGACUCCUUCAACAUCCAAUCAGGAGUGGACGCUCCCGACCUGCUGAACGUCAUCACAGACCCGCUGACCGACGCCAUCAUACAGCUGGAUAAAUCCGUCAUCACGGGGAUAGCCACGGGAGAUGCUUUAGCCAGAAACAAGAGUCUGAUCAAAGUGUGGUGCAAGACGGAGAUCAACACGACCUUCUUUAACGCGACGGUGGAGAGCUGCAGCGCCGGGUCCGUGUGCUGGGAGGAGGGGAACCUCACCUGGGCGCAGAUGAACUCCUCCUGUAUCGACUACCAGCAGAAAUGUAAACACAUCUUUGCCUACGUGACCCUCCCUGACUUGGCGGUGGGUCUCAUCCUAUUGGCUCUCUCUCUCUUCGUCCUCUGCUCCUGCCUCAUCCUCAUCGUCAAGCUGCUGAACUCCAUGCUGAAGGGCCAGGUGGCCGUGGUCAUCAAGAAGGUGCUCAACACAG